AUGGCUGUCGACAUAGAAAAGGACCCAGUGCAGGAAACCGGCUCUGCGAAGGAUGCGCCUAGCUCUCCUUCUACUGUUGCCAAUGACAAUGGUCCUGUACCGGCGGAGCCGGUCGUUACCUUGAAGACAUGGAUUGUCUCUUCGAUUCUCUCUUGUGGCUAUGGUCUUUCAUUCUGGCCUGUCCCCGUCGUGUCUGCAAUUGGAACCAUGGUCUCUGCGGAUAUGGGUGACCCGACUGGGUACAUCUGGUUUGUUCCUGCAUGGACUAUUUCGAUCACCUGUGCUUUCUUGAUCUUUGGCCCGAACACUGAUCUCCUGGGUCGACGAUGGUUCUUGGUUCUGGGCAACUUGGUAUGCUUCGUCGGUCACAUCGUAGUAGCAUCAGCCAAAACCACAAACCAAAUCAUUGCAGGGCUUGUUAUCUCCGGUUUUGGCGGUGCAAACUGUCAGAUGGCAGCAUUCGCCUUACCAGAACUCCUCCCAAACAAAUGGAGACACAUCGGCGUCGUGAUAGCUGAUUUCACAGUCUACAUCGCCGUCAUCGUAGCGCCAGUAACAGCAAGAUACGGCUACGAAAUGGGUAAUUGGGCCUGGAACUUCUGGGGCGUGGCUAUCUUCCAAGGUCUAUCCUUCUUUGGUCUUCUAUUCCUCUACCACCCACCAAAGCACCCCCUCGGAAUCCUCUACAAAGAAGCCUUCAAAAACCUCGACUACCUUGGCGCCUUCCUCUUCAUCGGCGGCGCAGUCCCCUUCCUCAUGGGCAUCGUCUGGGCAGGUGUCUACGACUCAAACGACGCACACGUCGUGGCACCACUAGUAGUCGGCGCAUUCGUCCUAAUCUGCUUUGCCCUAUGGGAAAGUUUCGCCAAGCUCAAAUACCCACUGACGCCAACUUACGUCUUCUCCAGCUCUUGGGGCCGGGAUUUCACAGCCCCAGUCAUUGCACUGGGCGUUGUCAACAUGUUCUACUAUUCGUCUAGUAUUCUCUGGCCACAGAUGAUAACGGUCUUUUACACGAACGGCGGCGCGGACUGGAAGUAUUCCGUCAUUCUGUCUUUGCCGCAAGGUUUUGCUAUUACCUUCGGUGCGAUCUUGCUUACCCUUUUCGGUAGCAAGUUGAGACAUUGGCAGUGGCAGCUUACCGGGUCUGUUUUCGUGAUGGUUGUGUUUGGAUCAUUGCUUGGUAUUGUCACGCCUACUAAUAAGGGGACUAUGAUUGCGUUCAUUUUCCUCUCGCAGGCUGGUUUUGGUUGGGGGAUUUAUUUGAGUAUUGCUAUUACGCAGAUGGGUGUUGAGCAUAAGAAUUUGGGUGUCAGUGGUGGGAUUUCGGGUUGUAUUCGGUUUGCUGCUGGUGCUGUUGCAACUUCUAUCUAUCAGACUGUCUACAACAACACCCUCAGCAAGUAUACUGCCAUUUACGUUCCCUCUGCUGCCAUUUCUGCCGGUCUCCCGGAGUCAAAGGUCACAGAUCUGAUGGCUGCAGUGGCUCAAGGUGCUUCUGCGUUGAAGUCUUAUAAUCCUGCUGUGGCAGCUGCUGCAGAGGCAGCCCUCAGUCAAGCCUACUGCAAGGCUAUCUUCGUCGUUGCCAUGGUCUCAAUGGCCUUUGGUAUCUUGGGUCUUGGAGCUUGUCUGUGCUGCAAGGACGUCGAUUCGAAGAUGACCAACAAGAUCGAGGUCUACCUCGAGAACACGGAUCUCUCGGACCGGAACAAGUUCCACUAG